GAUUCUCCGGAAGUUCACUGCUUGCGUUAGACUUCAUCUGUGGUUCAGUCUGUGUAUUUGUAUCCCGGUACCUCGGUUCUGGAUCAAAUGGGAGAAGCGGAUGUUACUUUGGCUCAAGUCGAGGAGAAGCCUCCAGAUUCGGCUCUGGUGCCCGGCGAGGACUCGGUGGUUUGGAGCCAUGAGGUGGAGGUUUGUCUUUUCCAUGCGAUGAUCGGACACAAACCCGUGGGCGUGAACCGUCACUUCCACAUGAUCUGCAUCAGGGACAAGUUCAGUCAAAACAUUGGACGUCAGGUUUCCUCCGCUGUCAUCUGGGAUCAUCUAGGAACCAUGUACGACAUGCAGGCACUGCAUGAGUCGGAGAUCUUACCGUUUCCAAACACAGAGAAGAGUUUCUCUUUGCCUGAUGACAUCAUCCAAGAAGUUAAAGAAGGAAAGCUGGUCACAGAAGAGGAAACCAAAGAGGAGUUCAGGAUGGAGAGAGAACCUCCGGCUACACACGAAGAAGGCAGCAACUCGUCACUGAAGAUGCCGGAGCGAACAAGCAACAGUCGAGAGAAGGAAAAAGAGCGAGAGAAAGAGAAAGGAGGGAGUGAAGGAGGAGGAAGCGGUGGAGGAGGAGGAGCCAAAGAGGCAGAGAAGAGGAAAAGGAGCCGAGCAGCCGAGAAAUUACUGUCGUCUUCCAACCCCGCAAGUCCAGGAGGAGUCAAGAGGAGACGCACCUGAGUCUUGGAUGAGGUAGAGAUGAAAAGAAACAGAGACAAGUGUGAGGGAGACAAUAGAGAAAGGGAUAAGUGAGCGGCAGAGAAUAGAGACGGUGAAUGGUAGAAAGAUGAGUCGGAUUUUUAAAAAAAAAAAAAAAAGUAGUGAAGAUGACGCCAUCAAGUAUUUGGACUUUGUCUCAUGUGAUCACCUGCGGUCCUGUGUCUGCACAGCAGGCAGGACAAGGCAACGGUGAUGUCAUCACAUGUCACUCUGCGGCCUCCGUGGUUGGCUGCGUCGCGACCGUCCACUGCUCCCCAGGUUCUGCUGUUUUUUCCAUCGUGUGACCUCGGUGAGAGGAAGCGACGCCUUUUUAAAUUUGCGUUUUUAUACAUUAUUUAACAAACUGAGGAAGCGUCGUAAGUCACGACGGAGACAUCGUCGG